CUCACCCGUCAACAACAUGCAAGAAGUCGUCGAUCGAUAUGGCAACAGUGAGCGAGGAGUCAUCGUGUCGACUCGCUGAUGCUGGCUGACACCAUGGCCCUACAAGGCACGAGAUUCUAACAUUCCAAGUCAGAGAGUCAGCAGAUAAAGAUGGAAGUCACAAUGUCAGAGUUCGUACAUGACGACCAGACGACCUCCAGCACCAAUGUCGCAUUCCAAUACCCGUUCGCGUCGGCCCCAGACAUUAUCCGAUCACACCAGAAGGACGCCUAUUUCCAGGGCGUGCUGCUAGAGCGCCUCUCGUCAGUGCUGCGUAACCUCUAUGGCGCACGCUUUGCCCAAACACACAUGACAGGCACGCGGACCUUUGCCGACCUACUCUACCUAUCUUUGACCACACUGGUUGGCAAUCGCACCCUGGGAGAAGAAUACUGCGACAUUGUUCAGGUAGAAGACGAUACCUUACGCCUACCAAACAGCUUCAGAAGAGGAGGAUACAUACUGGCCAGCGUUCUGCUGCCAUACGGCCUUACCAGAUUGCUACCAGCCUUCCGGAGGAAGUUGCGCGCAAAGUUGGAGGCUUCUCUGCGGCGGCGGAACAGCAAGCCUGACAAGUCGUCCUCGUGGCUCACCACCCUGCAGUCAUACGUCCUGCGUAAUCUUGAUACCAUAACCUCGCCCUCGCCGAUACACGCCCUCAGCCUGACAGCCUUCUACUUCACUGGCGCCUACUAUCAUCUAGCAAAGCGCCUCAGCGGCCUCCGAUACAUCUUCACUAGACGUCUAGACCCCAGCGAGCAGCGCAUCGGCUACGAGGUCUUGGGUGUUCUUCUGGUCCUGCAAUUGGGCGUUCAGGCCUACCUUCACGCCCACGAAACAUACUCCUCUGUCCCCGCCAUCAGUAACCCUGCAAGCUUGGGCGGAGGCAGCGCAGUCCUGGACAACGGUGUCGAAGUCUCUCUAGACCCAAACUCAUACAGCUCAAACAAUGCCUUGUUGUUUGAGGAGGGUGCUGCACAGCGUGAUACGCCAGGCUUACACAGCAAGAUCUCGAGGAUGACGCAUACGCCUCUGGCUCCAGCCGAUUCAGAGGCCGCAAUUUUGAACCUCGAAGAUGAAGACAAGUUGAAGUGGAUUGAAAGCAGUCAGCAGAGAAAGUGCACACUGUGUUUGGAACCGAUGCGCGACCCGAGUGCCACAACUUGCGGUCAUGUCUUUUGCUGGACUUGCAUCUCCGAUUGGGUCAGGGAGAAACCCGAGUGUCCGUUGUGUAGACAAGCUGUUUUGGGCCAGCAUAUCCUACCGCUUAGAGGUUGAUAUGGCGCUUAUACAACAAACCAUAAUGAGAAACGACCACAAGAAAAAGAAGUAUGCAUGGUCACGCUCUGCUAUGAUAGACCAAGCAACCGGUAUUCA